UAACAUUGAAUCAGUUACAGGUCGCUGUAGCUGGAGCGCAGUUGUGAGGGCGGUCGUGGAUGCGGACAGAGGGUCGCGCAUAUGCUCUCACAGCGCAGGAUCUCCGAGGAUUAUAACCGCUGUAAAGGACCCUUACUGCGCCUUUUGGAGCGACCAAUUCAUUGUGGAUAUACUUACACGAAAGGAAUAUAAAGAGGGGAUUAGUAAAAGGCCACAGCAUCCAUAGCCAUGGAUGAGCUGAGGAAGUGUGUCGUGUUUGGGGGGAUCUUGUUGGCACUGGUUUCAGUUACCUGUGGACUGCUGCCACCGACCAUCGUGUCCAAUCAGGAAGAAUUCGUCCUGCAGCCCGACUCCAUCUUCAACAUAAGCUGCACCGGUAAAAGAAACGUGGUCUGGACCGAUCCCCUGCCGAAAAACACCUUCGUCUAUCCGGGAUACUACACCUCGACGCUGUUCAUCUACAACGCGACCGUGGAAAACACCGGAUAUUACAUGUGCAUAUAUGAAACCCGGCAGGACGAGCGGAACGGUGACGCGGCAGACAGCGAGGCGGGAAUAUAUGUGUUUGUCCCAGAUCCCAACGCUCCGUUUGUCCCCGAGACCCCCGAUAACCUGGUCGUUACCAUGGAGAGCUAUGGAGCGGCCAUCCCCUGCCGCGUGUCUCACCCUGACUCUCACGUUAUACUGAGGAGCGUGCCCAGCGGGGAGGAGAUGUUAGCCCUCUACGACAACAAAAUGGGCUUCUUCGGGAACCUUCCCCCGGGCCAGUACCAGUGUGAAACGACAGUCAACGACCAGACGUUCAAAAGUGCCACUUACACUGUGAAAACUGAGGCCCCUGAGGUAGUGGAUGACUUUGACGUGAAAGUCAAGGCCAGCGAAGACAUGGUGAAAGCAGGGCAGCCUUUCACGGUCACCUGCAUUGCUCCCCAUGGCUUGGGCUUUGAGCAGCAGUGGCUCCAUCCUAAAAAACAGGCUGUGGAUGCAGUUCAGACAAAACAGAGUGUUCAUGACCAAGUCAUCUACACGCUCGAUAUCUUUCGUGCCACCGCUCAGGACAGCGGCACCUACGAGUGCUCCAUCACCAACACAAUCAGCGGGGAGGUCAAAGUCAGCAGUGCGGCUGUUACUGUCUUCGAGGAGAGUUCUUUCGUGGCUCUGGACCACAGAGGGAUUCUGGCGACAGAGUUUGUCAGCAUUUUAGAGGAAACGGAGUUCACCAUCUUCAUUGAUGCGUACCCGGCCCCCAAAGUGACAUGGCAGAAAGACGGCAAAGCCAUACUACAGAACUACUACAUCGUCACCCAAACAAGCCACCUUAAAGGGAAUCGCUAUGAAAGCAUUCUGACAUUACGGCACCCUAUGGAAAAAGACAACGGAAAUUAUACCAUCACAGCCAUAAGUGGCUCGCGUACUGCUCAGUUCUCCUUCAUCCUCAAAGUGAAAGCCUCCACUGGAGUGAUGAUCCCACCGUCCUCAGCACCUCUUCUGCUGCCAGAAGAAGAAGAUAUGGUGGUUCCCCUCCACACUCCUUUCACAUUGACGUGUCGCGGAGAGGGUCAACUAGCAUGGGAAACGCCGCUCGAUGUGGCUGAGGAAGCGCGGGAGGACAGCAGCGGCCUGUUUGUCACCACUCUCCUAGUGGACAAUGCCACAGCAUUGCACACUGGCUACUACAGAUGCUUUUACAGCAGAAAUUUCACCGAUGAUUUCGAAGAAAGCAGCAGCAUCUACAUCUAUGUACCAGAUCCAGAGGUUCCCUUUGUGCCAUCCCCUGUGCCUUUUAGCAAUCACGUCCUGUCGGGCAGUGAGGAGAUGGAGAUCCAGUGCCGAGUGUCUGAUCCGAGUGCUAACGUGACCCUUAUUAACUUUGACACUUGGCAGCCUGUGCCAAGUGUUUAUGACAGUAAGAGGGGCGCCUUGGGGGUGUUCUCUGCUGGGACCUAUGCCUGUAAGGCCAUCAUAAACGGAGAGGAACACUACAGCGGGGAAUACAUUGUCCACGGCUGGGCAGGUGGUGCUGCGCUGCACGUUGAGCUGACGGCUAAGAGGACGGCUCUGCUGGUGGGAGAGACGAUCACUGUCACCUGUGUAGCUCAAGGAUCUGAGAUUCUGGAGGACCGCUGGAAAUAUCCUGGUCGACUGGCUAAUCGUGCUGUCAAAACAGUACAUGAGAAUAAGAGGGAUCAGAAGAUCUUCUACACGCUCACGAUCCCACACGCCUCAACCAAAGACAGUGGCAUCUAUUCUUGCUCCAUCACAGACAUAAUGACCAACGAGAGCCAGACAAAACAACUCGCUGUUGAAGUUUUUGCAAGUGAGUUUUUGUCAGUCCAUCCGGAGUUCAAGGAAUAUGAAUCUGCAGACCUGGAUGAGGUCCGUGAGUUCAGGUCUCAGAUCACCUCCUUUCCUAGUGCUAAAGUCACUUGGUUCAAAGAUGGUGCCCUGCUCGGCGAUGUGGCAGCGGAGAUCUCCACCAGCCUCCGGCAGAUCAGUGAGACCAGCUACAUGAGUGUUCUCACCCUGAUCCGAGCCAAGGAAGAGGACAGUGGGAACUACACUAUGCGAGUAGAGAAUGGAAACCAAAGUCGUGAUUUCAGCUUAAUCCUGGAGGUCAAAGUGCCUGCAGUCAUUAUGGAUCUGAUGGACAUCCAUCAUGGCUCAGCCACAGGCCAGUCUGUGGUAUGUAUUACUAAAGGACAGCCUACCCCUGUGGUCGAGUGGUUCAUCUGCAAGAACAUCAAACACUGUGCCAAUGAUUCGUCUUCUUGGGUGCCCCUCCCCGCCAACUCCACAGAGAUCACGAUGGACUCGCACUUUAAUGAAGACAGCAACCUGGAGAGCCAGGUCAUGUUUGGUCAUCUGGAAAGCACACUGGCGGUGCGCUGCCUGGCCAGGAACGAAAUGGGCGUCGUUAGCAGGGAGGUCAAACUAGUUUCUAAUGGCCCUCACCCCGAGCUGACUGUAGCUGCUGCUGUGCUGGUGCUCCUGGUCAUUGUCAUCAUCUCACUCAUUGUCUUGGUUGUUAUAUGGAAACAGAAACCACGGUAUGAGAUUCGCUGGAGGGUCAUUGAGUCUGUGAGCCCAGACGGCCAUGAAUAUAUCUACGUGGAUCCCAUGCAGCUUCCCUAUGACUCCAGAUGGGAGUUCCCUCGUGACAGACUUGUGCUCGGGCGUAUCCUGGGCUCUGGGGCCUUUGGGAAAGUUGUGGAGGGGACUGCUUAUGGACUCAGCCGCUCCCAACCUGUCAUGAAGGUGGCAGUUAAAAUGCUAAAACCCACAGCACGCUCCAGUGAGAAACAGGCACUGAUGUCUGAGCUGAAGAUCAUGACUCAUCUUGGGCCCCACCUCAACAUUGUUAACCUGUUGGGAGCAUGCACCAAGUCAGGGCCUAUCUACAUUAUCACCGAAUACUGCUUCUACGGGGACCUGGUCAACUAUCUGCACAAGAACAGGGAGAACUUCCUCAGCCUGACCCCAGAAAAAAAUAAAAAAGAGCUGGAUAUCUUUGGAAUCAACCCUGCAGAUGAGAGCAGCAGGAGUUACGUGAUCCUGUCCUUUGAGAGUAAAGGAGACUACAUGGAUAUGAAGCAGGCAGACAACACUCAGUAUGUGCCCAUGCUGGAGAUGAGCAACGCCUCCAAGUACUCGGACAUCCAGAGGUCCAACUACGACCACCCACCCUCGCAGAAAGGCUCAAGUGAAUGCGAGAUGGACAGCUUGCUGUCAGAUGACAUGAAUGAAGGCCUCACCACAACCGACCUGCUCAGCUUUACCUACCAAGUGGCCAAAGGCAUGGAGUUCCUAGCUUCCAAAAAUUGUGUGCAUCGAGACCUUGCAGCCAGGAACGUCCUCCUCUCACAGGGCAAGAUUGUGAAGAUCUGUGACUUCGGACUGGCCAGAGACAUAAUGCAUGACAACAACUAUGUCUCCAAAGGGAGCACUUUCCUGCCAGUGAAGUGGAUGGCACCAGAGAGUAUUUUUGACAACCUGUACACCACUCUCAGUGAUGUUUGGUCGUACGGCAUCCUCCUCUGGGAGAUAUUCUCCUUAGGUGGCACCCCGUACCCAGGGAUGGUGGUGGACUCCAGUUUCUACAACAAGCUCAAGAGCGGAUACAGGAUGACGAAACCUGAGCAUGCACCUCAUGAUGUUUAUGAGAUGAUGAUGAAGUGCUGGAACAGUGAGCCUGAAAAGAGGCCUUCUUUCCUGGGUCUGAGUGAAACUGUGGCGUCUCUGCUGCCCUCCAGCUACAGGAGGCAUUAUGAGAAGGUGAACCACGAGUUCCUGAAGAGCGACCAUCCGGCUGUCACACGAGUGUGCGUGGAAAAUGAUGAAGACUACAUCGGCAUCACAUACAAGAACCAGGGCAAGCUGAAGGACAGGGAAAGCGGCUUCGACGAGCAGCGGCUAAGCUCUGACAGCGGCUACAUCAUUCCUCUCCCCGACCUGGACCCUAUAUCCGAUGAAGAAUAUGGAAAGAGGAACAGACACAGCUCUCAAACUUCUGACGAGAGCGCCAUCGAGACAGGCUCCAGCAGCUCCACCUACGCUAAGCGUGAGGGGGAAACUCUGGAGGACAUCACGCUGCUGGACGAGAUGUGUCUGGACUGUAGUGACCUAGUGGAGGACAGCUUUCUGUGACAACUGCUCAGCCUGUAGAGCGGGAGCUGCAAGGAAAAGGGGAUGUAAGGACAGGGGAUACUAGAGAAAGAACUGUAAAUCAACCAAAGACUUCACUGUCGACCCUCUAGCCCGGCCGUUCCUCCUCUGAGUCUCCCUUUCAGAGGACAAAACUUGAACCACUUCCCUGUCUCGAUGAGGUGUGGUGACGUACCUACUGUCACUUCUCCCUGGACAAUGCCCUCCGUUGGGCUGGAGGAGUGAGUGAAACAAAGAAAGAAAGAAAGGACUCAAAGAACCACAGAGCCUGUGUGUCGGACCCAAUUUAAAAAAAAAAAAAAUCUGAGCUUUACUCUAUCGGGCAUUUUUAUUACAGCAAUAUAAGCAAGAAGGGAUGAAUCAACUCUAAAUGAAAUACAAUUCAUAUGAUGUGUAUUUAACCACUACAGAUGCACUAUUUAAACUAGGUAAUUACGAUAUUAGCAACCGCAUUGGCAGGUAAACUCACUCCAUACUCACCUGCUGCAAGAGAAGCACCUGAUGCUGGUACAAUCAGUAGCAAUACUUGGAUUUAAAAGCACAACAUUUGGACUAUGUGCAUUGUUUUUGUAUAUGACCGUACGUCUACAAUAGUUAAGUACAUGUAGUAAUUCAAAUUUAUUUUUUUACUUAACUGUUACGUUAACCUGUAUUAUUUGUGAAUACCGAGUAGAUAUUGACAAAAGCAGUUUGAAUGGUUAUGAGAGAAGAGCUUCUUUGCAUUGUCUCACAUUUUUUUCUCAAAAGCACAGAUUUCAGUCGUGUUUGUCCCGUGGGCUUUUAUCAAAAAAAAAAAAGAAUUGUGAUUGUAAUGUAAAUAGCUCAAGAGUUGUUUUAUUAGAGAGAAUUAUUUGGAUAACACACAUGUAUUGAGCUCAAAUUAAUCUUCUGCACCCUCCUCUGCCCUGUUGAAGCCAAUUCUUUUAGAGGACAAUAAAAUAAAAUAAUGCAAGAAAACUUAGUAGGGGACAACAUUUGUGAUCUGUGAGCAUGUGUGAAUUAGAACAUUUAUAUUUUCACGUGUUUUCUAAUGUAUAUUAUUAAUCACCUUAAAAUAUGAGGAGCCCAAAAUAAAAACAAACGGCAGUUCUUUGCUAGCAGAUUGUACAUUCCAGUGUCAUAUUUUAUCUAUUGUCCUGAAGUCUAUUAGCAGGUUCUAGUUAUACUAAGACACUAGAUGAUUAAUGUUGAUCUGAUGUCAUACAUCAGUUAUCUGUAGGCUCUUUGUAACCCUCUGUUUUUUCCUGCUGCUGUACCAGCUGUGCCACUGCCUCUGCCUCUUCCCUUUGACUGUGAUAUAAACUGCAAUCAGUUGUUGCACUUUCCUCCCCCCCCCCAUUUUUGUGUUGGAUGUUGCAGACAAAUAAGCCAGUCUGGAAAAAAAAAACAAAAAAAAGGAGCAGAAAGAAAAAAUAGUUGCGCUUUGUUUUUGGAUGUUUAAUGCAGCGUGGAUGUGAAUGUUUGUGUCGCGGAUGAGUGACGUGACGGUACCUUAUCUGUAAUUAUAGGUAAUAAUCACACCCAAUAUGAUGAUUUAAUACCAUGUUCCAUUAUGUUACAUCAUGUACAUUCAGAAGAUUUAUAUUGCAAUAAAUGAUUUAUAAUGUA